CUGACCUUUACCGGAUCAUCUAUCCGACCGACUGGACGGUCUCGACUGGCAGGCUUGAGCACUGCUUUGCCUGACUCUCCAAGAUCGAGGCCGUCGGGGCCGCUUCUCGGCUGUCCUCCGCAUCGAUCAGUUGGGGCGAAUGCCGAUUCAAAACAGCCGAGUCCGGUCAAUGCGACCAGGCGGCAGGAGCAAUGUCGACUUCACGACUUUCACCGACAGACCCACCAGCGGAGAAAGACCUUCCAAGGGCAGUCCAGUCGGCAUAAGCCCCUGCUCCCAGUUGACGAGAGCUCCGCGUCGCCAGGUCGGCCCGCCUCCGUUUGCUUCGCCUCGCCGUCCAUCCGAGCCCCCUUGAGACUGCCCCAGGCGAUGUCGGGCCUCGGCGACCGCUCGUCCAUAGAAAGUCAGGCCGGUUCGCCGCCGUUUGCCUUCAUGAAAAGCGCGAAUUGGAACAACAAUGCCACCAUCACCAACGGCCUCGACGCCCUACCCUCUCGACAGGAGCCGUUUCCCGGACGCGCUAUCGCCCAGGCCUCUAUGCCCGUCCUGGCGCCGGUGAUACCGCCGUCGGCCGGUCUCACCUUUUUGGGAAAUCUACAGUCAGGCAAGACGCUCAGCACGUCCGGCUACGGGACGAACAUGUCAGCAUUGCUGGGCGGCAAGGGUCCGGUCGGCCAGAAGACCACUCAGUGCAACUACCUGCGACCCGACCUCAAUGACAUGCUGGUCAAAAUGGGUCUUCGAGCAGAAGUGCCCUACUUGACACGAAAACAGGUUGCAUAG